AUGACACAUACAAAGGAGGCAACUGUCCCCCUCGGGGAGUACCUCUUUACCCGUCUCAAGCAACUCGAGAUCGGCUCUAUCUUCGGCGUUCCAGGCGAUUAUAACCUCAGAUUGCUGGACUACAUCAAACCAACUGGCAUCAACUGGAUCGGAAACUGCAAUGAGCUCAACGCCGCCUACUCCGCAGAUGGUUACUCUCGUAUUCAAGGUCUCAGUGCUGUGAUCACUACUUUCGGCGUAGGCGAACUCUCAGCGAUCAAUGGCAUCGCCGGUGCUUACUCUGAACGAGCACCAGUCAUCCACAUCGUCGGUGCACCAUCAAGAACCCUCCAGAGUGCAAGGGCCUUGGUGCAUCAUACUUUCAUAGACGGAGAGUAUGGAAGGUUCGCAGAGAUGCAUCGACAUGUUACAGCUGCGCAGACGUGUUUGACGGAUGUACAGACUGCAGCUGAUAAGAUCGACUGGAUCAUUGAGCAAGCCAUGAUCCAUCAGCGACCAGUUUAUCUGCAGAUCCCUGAUGAUCUGGUUUCGAUGCAGGUCUCGACGGCGAAUUUUGAGAAGAGACCUGUUAUUCGCCCUGCGCCGUCUACUGCUGAGAUCAGCGCGGAGACCGUUGAUAAGAUCUUGCAGCGUAUCUACUCUGCUUCCAAGCCUCUCCUCUAUGUUGACGGCGAGAGUCGUAGUAUCGGUGCUAUUGACGAGAUCAAUAAGCUCAUUAACACUACCAACUGGCCAACCUGGACAACAGCAUUUGGAAAAGGUCUGAUCAGCGAGGAGUUGCCCAAUGUUCAUGGCGUAUACCUGGCCAACGCCGAAGAUAAAAAGUCCCUCGACUAUUUCAAGUCUUCUGAUCUUAUCUUGUUUUUCGGUCCACACAUGAGCAACAUUAACACUGAGAUCUUCAAGACGAUGCCGCAGGAGAGUGUGACUGUUUCGUUCUCGCCUGGUCAGAUCAAGAUCGCUGGCCAGGUCAUUCGGGACGUGGACCCUCGACAGUAUCUUGAAAGGAUCGUCAGCCAACUUGACUCUUCUAAACUUGCCAAGAUUGAGAGUCCUGCCAUCGCGGCGAAGGCGCCAGCUGAGCCUUCACCAUCGGAUGCUCUCAACCAAGCUCAAUUCUAUCACUACGUGAACCCCAUGUUCCGACGUGGCGAUAUUGUUCUGACCGAAACUGGUACCGCUGCGACUGGCGGAAAGGCUUUUAAGCUGCCCCAAGACUGUCGCUACUUCACAUGCGUGACAUGGCUAUCGAUCGGGUACAUGCUCCCCGCCACACUCGGUGCAGCGCUAGCCCAACGGGACGUGAACGGUUCGCAGCGAGCAGUUUUGUUCAUCGGCGACGGAAGUCUACAAAUGACUGCCCAAGAGAUCAGCACAAUGAUCAAGCAAAAGCUCAACGUAAUCAUAUUCGUCAUCAACAACAACGGAUAUACAAUUGAGCGGGCCAUUCACGGAAGGAAUGCGGAUUACAACAACAUUUCGCCGUGGAACCACCAACAUGCCCUUGGGUUGUUUGGAUUGAGCCAAGAAGAGGCAUCGAAGCGAUAUUUCUCAGCAAAGACAUUUGCGGAAUUGAGGACAGCGAUGGACUCGAAAGUGGUGCAGGAUAGCGAGGGAGUCACGAUGAUUGAAGUCUUCAUGGGCCAGGAAGACUGCACUGGCGAGUUGAAGGAAUUGCUGGACAGCCAAAUGGCGCGGGAAGAGAGCCAGUAG